UCGUGCAAAUAUUUAAUUGAUAAUUUGGUGACUCGUCGAUCACCAACUUCUCUAUAUUGUAUAAAAAGACUUUCCCUCUCCCAUCGCUUCUGCAUUAUCAAAAAUCGUUACGAAAAUAUUUUAAAAAGCUUUUGAUGGAGAAUAAGAACAACAACAAUGGAGAAGAAGAAGAAUGUUCCAUUGACGGAGACAUACUCGUCUCUAUCGUCUCCAUUUUGCCGCUCCUCGACCUCGAUUCCGCCUCUCAGGUCUCCAAAUCCUGGAACCGUGCCGUCUUCUCCUCCCUCCGCCGCCUCAAAACCAUGCCGUGGCUGUUCGUCUACAGACAGAGGAUUUCUCCGCCGUACACCAUGGCGUCGACGGCGAUGGCGUACGAUCCAAAGUCCGAUGAGUGGAUCCAACUCAAAACCUCGUCUCCCGUCGAACACGUGUCCUCUGCUCGAUCCUCCCACUCCACGUUGCUCUUCGCACUUUCGCCGGCAAGAUUCUCCUUCUCAGUCGACGCGUUUCACCUGAACUGGCGACACGUGGUACCACCGAGAGUGUGGAGGGUCGAUCCAAUCAUCGCCGUCGUCGGACGGAGCUUGAUUAUUGCCGGCGGCGUGUGUGAAUUCGAGGACGAUAGACUCGCCGCCGAGUUGCUUGACAUCGAAUCCGGCGCCGCGUCCGUGUGGGAGAGAUGCGAAUCGAUGCCGGAAUUGCUCUGGGCAUCCGCGUCGUCCACGUGGCUAUCCGUCGCGGCGAGUUCGGAAAAGAUGUACGUGACCGAGAAGAGAUCAGGCGUCGCGUGUUGUUUCGAUCCAGAAACUAGAUCGUGGACGGAGCUUCUCGAUUUCUCUCCCGUAGACGAAGAAGACGACUGUAAAUUGUACUCGCGCGUGAUCGGAUUCGCCGGUAACCGUCUAAUCAUGGCUGGGAUCACCGGAGAUGAAGAUAAUCCGACGGGAAUUAAACUCUGGGAAAUAGUCGUAUCCAACGAAUCGUCGAUGAAUCUAAAAUUCGAAUCGAUUGGAGCCAUGCCCAAGGCGUGUUUAGAUAAACUCAGAGAUUCUGAUUUGUCGCUAACGUCGAUAUCGUUUAACGCGGUGGGAGAUAUGGUUUAUAUACAUGAUGCGGCGGAGGUCGGAGAAAUUGUGGCGGCGGAGAUGGAAGGAGGAAAGCUCUGCAAAUGGAGGACUCUGCGUAACGCAGACGCUACGUGGAAUAAAAGUCACGCGAGAGAGAAGGUUAUCGUUGCGUGCUCAAACGUGAGUUUUAGCGAUUUGAAACGUGCGGUUAGGGAUGACUUGAGUUUCUCUGUGGUGUCACGAGAGGAGUGAACGUGAUUAAGAUCAUCUUUGCGAUGAUUCGAGAUUUAUUUUAGAUUAUGCAUGUGUUUCUUUAAAUUCAACGUUCCUAGUCAAUUUCGUUGUUAGCUAAAUGUAUAAUUGAUUUAGAAAAUGUUAUUCAAUUGUGACUUUCAGAGGGUAUUUUUGUUAGGUGAAGAGUUGUCGUU